AUGAAGAGAGCACAUUCCGAGCUCUUUUCUCCCUACCGCUUUGUUGGAGUUGUCACAGGAGAUGUUGCCCCGUCUGUACGAACCACCUUUGUUGGAAAGAAGUCAAUGAUUUCGCUUCUUUGUCCAAUUGACAAUGUUGUGAUUCAAUAUAACGGCCAAAAGUUGAGAGCAGUUGGGAUGUCAGACCCUCUUCCACAAAAAAUCACCGCGAUUGCCUCCUCUAGCUCAUGUGUGUAUGCUGCAGCCGGAACUGAAAUAUUCGUCUUGCCAUUUUGUCGCGAAGUUUCGAAAAAAGUCAAAGUUGAUACAAUGACAAAAUUAAUGUAUCUUAUUGGAGAUCAAUUGAUCGUUGUAGACGUCAACAAUGGAAUUCGUGUUCUUAAUAUUGAAGACGAUUUUGAAACAUAUCUGUAUUUAGAAGGAAGUGAAGAUUUCGAAAUUACCUCUCUUCUUCAUCCGAGCACUUAUCUCAACAAAAUAUUGCUAGGCUCAAAGUCGGGCAAGCUGAGAAUUGUGAAUUUUCGAACGGGGAAAGUCGUUCACGAAUUUCAAAAUGGCUUUGGUAGUGCAAUUACUGCAUUAGUCCAAAGCACAGCGCUAGAUAUUGUUGGAAUUGGCUUACAAAACGGGCAAGUAUUGCUGAUGAAUCUGAAAAUGGACAAAAUAUUGGGCAAAUUCAAGCACGAUGCCAAAAUCACCGCUAUUUCUUUCAGAAACGACGGAGAAGAGGAAAGUAUGGUAACAUCGGAUGAAAAUGGAACAUUGGCGGUUUGGAACCUCGAAAAACAGGAAUUAAUUGGAAAAGUUACAAAGGUUCACUCGGCAGAUGUGAAUUUACUUCAUUUUGUUCCAGGGGAACCUAUUAUGCUUUCCGCUUCUUGUGACAACUCUUUGAGAUGUUGGAUUUUUGAUGGUGCCGAUGGAAUGCCACGAGAACUCGUCCAGCUUGAAGGUCAUGCUAAGCCGAUAACCUCAGUGAGCUUCUCGAGCAAACAUCAUGUUCUGUCAUCGGGUCUCGACGGAUCUGUUCGCAAAUACGACGUUACUUCUAUAACGAUGCGACAAAAGCUUGGAACGAGCGCUCUUAUGUCAAAGGCCAAAGCUAAAAAGAAAAAUGUGGAUUUCGAAACUGUGCGUCUCGAGAACGCGAUAGAAAUGGCUGUUGGAUGGCAACGCGAGGCGGCUUGGGAUAAUGUCGUAUGUAGGCAUAAGGAUACUCUCGAAGUGACAACUUGGACGACGAGGAAAAAUUGUGCGGGCUCAAUAACGAUCGUGCAUGAUCGUUUUAAAACUGAUCCGAACUUGAUUGGAACGGUCGCGACUGCAAUCUGCCUGUCGCCAUGUGGAAAUUUUGUUUUUGUUGGAUACUCGAGCGGCCAUUUGGACAAGUUCAAUGUUCAAUCCGGGCGUCAUAUUCACUCAUUCACGGAAACAAAGUUCAAAUCGAACAAGAAAAAGCAGGGAAAAGUCGAAAUGCUUCGACAGAGAGCCAUUGCUCAUGAAUCAGCCAUCACUUGCAUAUCAGUAGAUCAAAAAGGAGGCGAAUUAGCGAGUGGGUGUGAAGGAGGAGUCAUUAGAUUUUGGAAUUUAAGCACAAACCUUUGCUUCCUUCGUCUCCGAACACCAUCGCUGAGGUUAAAAAUGAGCAAAUCUUGUGACACGAACAAUUUGUUUGCUGUCGUUUGUGAAGACCCAGAAGGAAAAGCUUCUGUAGUCAUCAUCGAUGCGAUUUGUCACAGGAUUGUGAGAACAUUCAAUACUGUUGGUGAUAAAGUCACAAGCGUUGGAUUCUCAUCAGACGGAAAAUGGCUCCUUGUCGCCGAUAAUAAGUGCUAUAUUCGUGUGUUCGAAUUAUCCACAUCCAACCUAAUUGACGUUCUUCUAUUCGCGAAACCCUGUGUUGGAUUGUCUUUCAAUCCUACCGGAGAGUUUCUGGCCACCGCCCAUGAUGGAGAGCAGGCGUUAUACAUCUGGGCGAAUAAGACAUUGUUCCUGUCUUACGUCAAAAUUCAAGCACUUCCGGAAAAUUUCGUGCCCACGUGGGAAGACCAAGAAAACAAGGCUGAUGUGUGCAUUGAUGAUGACGAUGACGAUACAAUAUUUGAUGAGGAGAUACGAAAAAUGCGAGAACUUCAGAUUGAUGAUUCCCUUAUCACAUACUCCGGGUUGGCUCCAUCGAGAUGGGCAAACCUUCCAGAUUUGGCUUUGAUUAAAGAGCGUAAUAAGCCAACGGAAGCACCAAGGAAGAUCAAACAGGCGCCAUUCUUCUUAGCCGCUGCACCAACAUUAGAAGGAUUCGAGUUUGAGCAAACUAUUGGAGAGGGUGAAGAAGAUAUUGAUCAGAAGGCUUUGAAUGCGAAGAUAAGUCUUUUGGAAUUGGAGAGCUCAUUCACCGCAUUACUUCGAAAAGCCAAAACUGAAAAACAAUUGUUGGAGGCUUUUGAAACUCUCAAAGCAAUGUCGGUUUCGGCGAUUGAUUUUCAAAUUCGAUCAAUGACGCCAACCGUUUUUUCAGCUUUCUUCAGAAUGUUUGCGGAGGUGCUGAAAACGCGUCGAGACUUUGAACUUGUCCAAUCCUACAUGGCGACGGCCAUAAAAAUUCACAGAACAAAACUGUGGAGCAAUGAAGACGGCAACGAUGAACUGCAAGAAGUUCUCGGAGAACUCAUGCGGCUACAAUUGAACGCCUGGGGCGAAUAUGAGGAUUUGCUAAUGGAAGACACUGCCGUCGUGCAAUGGAUCAAAAACGCACUCUUGUAA